ACAUGUACACUGAUCAUCAGGGCACUGAUGACCAGUGUAGCUCCAGCAGUGCCACCUGUCAGUGCCCAUCAGUGCCACAUAUCAGUGCCUACCAGUGCACAUCAAUGCCACAUAUCAGUGCCCAUCUGAGCUGCCUUUCAGUGUCACCCGUCAGUGCCACCUAUCAAUGCCAAUCAGUGCCACUUAUCAGUUGCCCAUCAGUGCCACCUACCAGUGCCUCCUCAUCAGUGCCACCUAUCAGUGCCCAUCACUGCAGCCUCAUUAGCGCACAUCAGUGAAGGAGAAAAAUCACUUAUUUACAAAAUUUUAUAA